CGCCACUGAUCAUUCAAAUCACACCGCAAAGAUUAUCUAUAGCUCUCAACUUGUUAGGUGUGAAUUAUUUUUAUUUUUUCGUUCAUUAUCAGAAUCUGUUUUUAGAACCAGUAUUGACAUAUCGAUAGCGACAAUCAGUCCUUUGUGUUCAACCGCAAAGAUGCACCAAUUGACUGCAGUAAUUGAUGUUUCAAAAGAAAAUACAGUGGUAGAGUGUAGACACAGCUGCUGGACCCUAUAAUUCGAUGUUAUUUCCAGACAAUUCCUUAUCAAGUACCUGAAAAAAAAAAACGACAGAUAUGAUGCAACCCAGUACUUCGAGGGAGUCCUGGGACUUUCCAUGGCAAAACAAAAUGAGGAAAAAAAUACCCAAGGUGAUCUCCCCGAAAGAAAAAGGCAGACACGCCGGAGAAGUCUGUUUUCUGAUGUGUUUUCUACGUCUUCUUAUGUUAACCUCUAGUCUAAUCUUAAUUGGUAUCUCAGUGUGGUCUAUAGUAAUAAAAACAAAACAUUAUCGAUACUUAUUUGAUAUAAGAGUCGAUAUACCUUAUUUUAGUCUACCGGCAGGUAUUUUGCUUCUGCCAGGAUUCUGGCUAGCCUCUUAUAUACAUAGUAAUAGAAAAAGAAGACUCUAUAUACUUUUGUUAUUAGGUAUAAUAAUUUUAACCAGUAUAUUGGUGAUAGUCGGGUCAACCAUAGGGUUCUUAUACAGCAUCGAGGAUGCUAAUGGAGAAACUCAUGUAACUAAUUCUUUCGAUCUUCCCGAUUUGAACAAAUCAGUGAGCCAUUCAUUUCAACAAUUCAACAGCAGUAAAAACCAUCAGAAGACAUGGAAUAACAUGCAACAACGUCUCGAGUGCUGUGGAAUUUCAAACUACAAUGAUUGGUCUUCUAUAGGGUUAGAUAUUCCAAGUUCUUGCUGUGAUAAUCUCAAUUGUACAUCAAAAGCAUACUACACGAGUUCCUGUUUGGAUUUAGUUAGUCGGGAUCUUUGGUGGCAAGAGAAUAUCCUUAAGUCUCAAUGCUAUAUUAUGGCAGUUAUAGAGCUUGGAAAAGGGGUACUAAUCCUAGGAGUUUAUUUGGCUGACAAAUUAUCAACGCCACGCUGAGGCUUAUAUAUAAAUAUUAAUUUUGUAAUAAUAUAACGGUCAAGUUUAAGGGACCGUGUGCCAUUGUGAUUUUUUUAAAUAUAGUAAAAAAUAUUUUUUAUAUAAAAUAAAAUUUUAUUAUUAAAGUUUUUUUAUAA